AUGGCUGCCCCAUACCUACUAACGCUGGUCAAUGGUAACAAGAAGAAGCGGCGAGAACUUGAGGGACUUCUCACUGAGAUGCAAAUGAUUAUCGGACAAGUUCAUUCAGAGGAUGCUAGCCAUCUGAAACCUGUCAUUGGACAGUAUGCAGCAUAUGACCCUGACAACAAAGAUCUGGAUCCUCCCAUUUGUGCUAAUAAUCAGCGGUCACGCACAAAGAUGGGUAUCAAUCACCCGCAGCUCGCCAGGAUGCUCUGCCCUCUACUGAUGGUUGUGAUCAGAACACGCCAAAAGUUGGAAAACGGUGAUAUCAAGAUGCGCGCAUUGGUCUGGCUGGCCCUGGUAUACUCUGAUAAGAUCGCUGGGGAACAUUUCAACCCUCAGCUGGUGCAGAACGGGCUAUUUGAAGGAUGCCUUCUCAAGCGAGUGAUGAGGCAUCUAUUCACAGGACCAUCCUCCACUCUUUGCACAGACAGUGAAUCUGUUGGGACGUGUCCAUGUAAUGCAUGUCUCCAUAAUAUGAUGGAGGUAGAAGCAGAGAAUAUUGCAUAUAGUGUGAUUCAGAGCUGUUUUGCCAUUGAUGCAUACUAUUGGAUCAUUUCAACAAUCUGUGACGCCCCAGACCCUAGUUGGGCAAAGGCACUGCACGAACAUUGGAACCUCAAAUUGUUCAAAAACAAACUUGGGCUUCAUGCCUCAUCUUCCAUGAACACCACCGAUGAUGACAAUGAUGACAACUUCGCUCUAAUGCGAAAGCAGUACGAGCAGAGGCUUGCAGAUGAAGCCACUUCACGGAUGGUUUCUUUGGAUUCUGGUCCUGGAGAGGAGCUGCCUACUCCACUGAAGAGUCCAUCUGUUCCUGUCACUGCAUCUGAUGGUGCUAAAUCUAGCACGAGUCUGCCACCCGAGAUUCUGCCUCCCAGCCCAGAUCCAAAGCCUCAGGAAUCUGCGACAUCCGAGAAGCCCGAGGAGCAGGUAGUAUCUGCUAAGGAACGAGCCGUUAAUAAUUUCAGUGAUCUUAGUGAGCCUGAUGAACUUGACGAAGAACCCCAGCCACCAAAGUCCAAAGCCAAGAGGGGCCGUAUUCAUAAGGCUGUUGUACAGUCACCAUUACCAGCACCAAAGAAGGCCAGGACGAGCUGCAAGAAGAAAUGA